UUCAUCGAAGCAAAGGAAAACAUAUUAAAAAAAUAAAAAAUCAAUCUGUUCUUCAUCUUCUCCUAAUAUCAUUCGUGUUCCCCUCCCCUCUGAAGCACGCCAAAACGGCAAAACCCUAAUAAUAAUUGACUGCAUUGAUCUCGAUAGCUAGCCACCCACGAAAUUUAAAGAACCUAAAGAGAAGGAAGACUAAACCACUCAAGUGAGUAAACGCUACGUCUUUCUCCUCUAUAGAAGUUGUUGGAAAAGUGUUGAUUUUGUUCCUCAACCUUAUAUCUUGGUCAUGGAAUCCAGUUCGUUCAUAAUGAUGCCAAGGUCUAAAUGCCAUAAGAACUUUAAAAUGAAGAGGAACCCUCGUAAGGUCAAAUGGACCAAGGCAUAUCGAAGAGUGCAUAGAAAGGAUAUGACUCAGGAUUCAACGUUUGAAUUCGAGAGGAUGCGGAACAAAUUGGAGAGAUAUGACAGGAACCUUAUUGAAAAUGUGUUUAAGGCCAUUCCUAAGAUUGAUAAAAUCAGAGUCAUCAAAGAGGAGAGACACCAUAAGAAUAGGUCCUUGCUUGAAUCUUCUAUAGGUUCCAUAGAGGAGAAAGACGCAGCGUUUACCCAGUUGAAUGGUUUAGCCUUCCUUCUCCUUUAGGUUCUUUAAAUUUUGUGGGUGGCUAGCAACCGAAAUCAAUGCAGUCAAUUAUUGUUAGAAUUUUGACGUUUUGGUGUGCUUCAGAGGGGAGGGGGCACGAAUGAUAUUAGGAGAAGAUGAAGAACAUAUUGAUUUUUUCUUUUUUUGAUAUGUUUUCCUUUGCUUCAGAGGGGGAUGAAUGAUUAGGAGAACUGGAGAAGACGAAGAAUGAUUGAUUUUUUU